ACCGCUUUGUGAGUGACAGGCAAUUUGAUCAGUUUUGAGUGUCCAAAAUGUUUGUGAGUGAGACCGACUUUUGUUUUUAGAAAAGUAAUAUCGAUACAAAUUUUCGAUUAAUGGCGCUGCAAACCCUUUCACUUAUUAGCCAUAUUGUGAUAUUAUUUAUAUUUAUUGCUUAAAACAUAAUUAUUGGUAGGUGAAGAAAACAAAAUAAAGUCUAUAAGUCUUGCUAAAUUUAUUUAAAUUUAUUGCAAUCAUUUACUUAGUCUCAUCAGCCCUUUUUAAGUCCCCACUGCAGGGGCUCAGGCCUUCCUUAUGUGGAUGGUUAAGGAGGAGGAUGGGCCAUGACCUUCCACGCUGGCCCAAUGCGGAUUGGAGGGUAUUAACGACUGCAAAUGCACCCGGGACUAACGGCUUAACGUGUCUUCUGAAGCACGAAGUAGCUCGAGAUAAUAAUUUUUUGGUCACCCAUCCCGUGACCGACCCUUGCGAAAGUUGCUUAGCAACAACAAUCGUGGGCCGUGGCGCUUAUCCUCUACGCCAACGUGCUACUUAGUCUAAUUUAAAGCUAAUUGUGAUAUUGAUUAAGUAAAUUAAUGGUACUUACAUUUGCACUACUCUAAAUGUAAUAUUAGUGCACAUUAGACACCACCUGCCAGCACAUCACACACUUCGUUUCAUACUUGAGGAUUAACAUCACUUUAACUACUAUGUCUCAAUUAUCUGACAUUGUGUCAGCACAGAAGAGCUUGGAGGAGUGCUUCACUAAAAAGAUACUGGAUCUCGAGAUGCAGAUUCAGGUUGCUUGACCUGGCAAAGAGACUGUAGCCAAAGUAGCCGAUGAAUUCCGACCCUUUAGGGAACUCAUAUACAGUAUGCUGGGACUGCUAAGGAAACAAAUCAAUGUGUGCAUUACACAGCUGAAUGUUAUCGAAACUAGACAUUGUCGCAAAGCACUAAUCAUUCUGGGAGUUGGAGAAUCGGAGACUGAUAAUUGCAUAGACCUAGUGUGUAAUAUCCUCACAUCAAGAUUAGGCCUAAGGGAUGUUACAAAAUCAUUCUUGACAGUAUGUCACAGGUUGGGUGAGCCACCCAAUAAUGGAGGUCGUGAUCAGCCUGUUCUUGUGAGGUUUGCACAGUCUGAAUUAAAAUCUGCUGCCUGGACGUCGAAGACUAAAUUCAAGGGAACCAGCAUCAUUGUGAAGGAGUUUCUCACAAAGUCGAGGCAGGCAGUCUUCAACAAAGCCCGACUUCACUGUGGGGUGCAUUGCUGUUGGACACAGGAUGGCGUAAUCUUCAUUAAAACAUCGGAUGGUAGGCGCCAUAAGUGUGUUACACAAGAAGAACUGGAUUCCUUGACUGCUGUACACCCUAAGCCACAUCAGCGCGAACUGCAACUGGUCGCCUUGUUCCUGCCAGCAAAAAUAAGUAGUUAAUUUAGUUUCCUUUUUAAAGUCUCUUUUUUUUGCGACUUACAAAUAAAUUCAUUAGUUUAGCUCUAUUUGAAUAUUGCUUACUUAAAUAUCAAAUGUUGUCUAUCUUCGGUCUUCUUAUUUUUUGUAAGUUUCGUAAAUUAUGGUAGGUCAUUUUUAAUUUGUGCAUUUGUGAGGUUAAAUCGUUCAUUAUUUUCUCUAUAUCACUUUUUUUUUAUAUAAAACAAGCUAAUUUAGAUUAUGAAUUCACGAUCUCAAGUGUGUUGCACAAUUGUAAAUAUGCCAAAGUCAAGUGUAGUUUUCCAUGAAUUGUAUAAAGAUUUUAUCUAUACAGCUAUAUCUAGAGUGAAUGUCAUUUUGUCUCAAUCAAAUAGUUUUCUUUUGUUUGUUUCUUAUUUUAUUCUUUUUUAAUUUUAAAAAAUUUUACAGCGUUGGUUUGAGUACGAUUAAUCAAGUGGCAUUAUUUGUCCUGCAUUUGUAUUAAAGUUGAUGUAAGCUGGCCGGUGGUGUGGAGAUGUUCCUUUGCAAUAGAAUCUACGUAUCCAUACUUUAGUAUAUACAUUUUUUUUUCUUUCAUAUAUCUACUCGUUUAUAAUUUGUUAUAUUUAUUAUGUCAUUGGACGAUAUUCAUUAUGCUUCAGGUGACGAAUCUGAAGGAUCUCUUAGUGAUGAAAGUUUUUGUUCUGCAACCGACAUGCUACUUGGUGACUUUCUGAAUCAAACUUUUGACCACUCGCCAAACUUAUUUAAUGUG